AUGCGUUGGAUUUCUAGACUACAAUUAUUUUUUUUCAUAAUUUAUAUGGGAUUUACUCAUUGUCCUGAUAUCUGUCCAGAAGAAAUGGAGAAGCUGGGAAAAAUUGUCAAAACAUUUGAUGAAAAUCCAGAUUUGCCUGAUCUGCAGCCAAUGUUCAUCACUCUAGAUCCAGAGCGAGAUUCACCUUCUGUUAUCAAAGAUUACUUGAAAGAUUUUGCAUCACCUCGAAUAAUUGGGUUUACUGGAACUGAAGAUGAAAUUAGGGAGAUUGCUAAGAAAUUUCGAGCUUACUUUGGCAAGGGACCCAAAGACUCAGACAAUGACUAUAUAGUGGAUCAUACAAUAAUCACUUACCUGAUCAACCCUAAAGGAGAGUUCGUCAACUACUUUGAUAGAAGUGUGAAGGCUGAGAAUAUCAUUAAAACUGUGACAGAACAUAUAAAGAAAUAUAAUGAAUUAGAGAAGAGAAAUCUACUUUAGUGUCAAACCAUAUUUCAAAUGCUAUUUAUGAAUGAAUCAACACCUUUAAAUACAUUCUUAAUCUUGGAGGUUUUUUUUUAAAUGAGCAUCUAUUGUGAAAUGAAUGUGUUAAAAUGUUAACUGUAUGUAAAAAAAUUAUUCACUGUAUAGCAGAGGCUUUUAUUAGUUAAAUGUAGUAUUUGAAGGAGUGUAUUUAAAUUGUAAUUAAAGACAGAUUAU